ACCGUGGCAACCGCGUGGCCGGGCGAGGACAUGGGAACCGGGGCCUCCUCGUAAAGGGGGAAGGGAAAGAAGGCGAGCGGGGGGUGGGGGGUGGUCUUGCUCCGGAGGGGGCGGAGUAGCCUGACUGCUGCGGGGCAAAGGCCAGGUAAAGCGUGGUAGAGAAUGAAAACAACCCCCCUCUUUCUCUCUCUCUGUCCCCGCCUUUCUAGCCUUUGGAGGUCUUCGGCCUCUAUGGCUUACCCACCCCCUAAUGCUGCCUCACACCUGGACAGGUGACCCUGGACAGGUGAGGGGGUCGGGCUCAGGGUGCAGAGCCCCAGGCCUGCCCUCAACCCCCCUCAGCUGUGAAGAUGGCUGGGGGUGUUGGGGACCAGGAAGAGAUGCUGCACACGCGCUCCCUCAUUCUUCCUCAGCAGCCCAAUGGACUACCUCACAGGGGUGCUGUGAAGACAAAAUGGGCCAGCCAUAUCUAUCUAUCUAUCUAUCUAUCUAUCUAUAUUUCUAUUUCUUUAUCAGCAACCCAGUGGACUACCUCACAGAGGUGCUGUGAAGACAAAAUGGGCCAGCCAUAUCUAUCUAUCUAUCUAUACAGUGGUGCCCUGCAAGACAAAUGCCUCGCAAGACGAAAAACUCGCUAGACGAAAGAGUUUUCUGUUUUUUGAGUCGUUCCGCAAGACGAAUUUCCCUAUGGGCUUGCUUCGCAAGACGAAACGUCUUGCGAGUUCUUGCGAGUUUGUUUCCUUUUUCUUAAAGCCGCUAAGCCGUUAAUAGCCGCUAAUCCGCUAAUAGCCGUGCUUCGCAAGACGAAAAAACCGCAAGAUGAAGAGACUCGCGGAACGGAUUAAUUUCGUCUUGCGAGGCACCACUGUAUUUCUAUUUCUUUAUCAGCAACCCAAUGGACUACCUCACAGGGGUGCUGUGAAGACAAAAUGGGCCAGCCAUAUCUAUCUAUCUAUCUUUCUAUCUAUCUAUUUCCAUGUCUAUGUCUAUGUUUUCUAUUUCUAUUUCUUUCUUAGCAGCCCAAGGGACUACCUUGCAGGGGUGCUGUGGAAAUAAAACAGGCCAGCCAUAUCUAUAUAUCUAUUAUAUAUAUUUCCAUUUCUUUAUCAGCAACCCAAAGGACUACCUCGCAGGGGUGCUGUGAAGACAAAAUGGGCCAGCCAUAUCUAUCUAUCUAUAUUUCUAUUUCUUUCACAGCAGACCAUCUCGCAGGGUGCUGUGGAAAUAAAACGGGCCAGCCAUAUAUAUAUUUCUCUCUCUUCUUUUCUGUUUCCAUUUCUCAGCAGCCCAAGACACUACCUCACAGGGUUGCUGUGAAGAUACAGCAGGCCAGUCAUUCUCUCAUCUGUCUAUAUCUAUCUGUCUCUCUCUGUCUCUCUCUUUCUAUUUCUUUCUCAGCAGCCCCAGGCACUGGGUGGCUGUGAAGCAGUGUUUUCACCUUUGUUCUGGGAAAAUACAGGACAGGACCAUGGGCAUAGCUAGCAGAUUCAGAGUGAAAUGUCUCAACAAGAGUUGUUUUAAAUUACGGUACUUUCUUUUGACCCCAAGGGCUCAGAAAAAUAUGUCAAAAUCUUUCUACAAUUUCUACUUUUAGUUAAAUUUUUAUUUAUUUACUUGAUUUAGGUGGGGACAGCUGCCCCCCUGCUUCCCCCUGGCUACACCCAUGGGGGAGUUCCCCACCUGGUGCUGAAGUGACUUCAAAGCAAUCAAGUACAAUCUAUUGCAGCCAACAGGGUGGCCCCUCUGGAAUUUGUCACACACACACACACACACGUGAAUGUGUAAAUCUACCUGUGCUUGGCUACCCAAAACUUAAAUACAUGACCUUUUGCACAUCCUUUCAAACACAUGCAUUUGGAGAGGAUCCUUAACUUGGCAGAGAGAGAGAGAGAAGUACAGGACAAAACUGUAUCAAUAAAGGAUGUAGCAUUUUACAUCGAAAUAUGGGACAAUCCUGUAUUAUGCAAGACAGGUGGCGAGCCUACAGUGUGAAGAUAAAAUGGGCCAGUCAUAUCUAUAUUUCUCUCUCUUUCUGUUUCUCUCUCAGCAGCCCAAGGCACUACCUCGCAGGGUUAAUGAGAAGAUAAAAUGGGAUAAGGGAAGGGGCUGGGAUCAUACUCUAGGACAGUGAAGGCUGUGUGAGAUGGAAAGGCAAGGAUUGUAAGCUUGCAAGAUUCCAGUCCUCAUGGCAGCUGUGGGGUGCCUGGAAGGUAGAAUUGUAGUUGGAGAGGUGUGGGUAGCUCAGUCCGCAGAGCACAAAGAGGGUCGUGAGUUCGAGCCCCUUGUUGGGCAGAAGAUUCCUGCAUUGCAGGGGGGUUGGACCAGAUGACCCUCAAGGCCCCUUCCAACUACAGUCCUAUGAUUGUGAGAGAGAGAGUGAGAAGGAAGGAGGGAGGGGUGCCUGGCUGAUUGCAACUGAAGCAAAUGGGAGAGGCUGCAUUUUCCCUGUGCAGGUUGCUGAUGUGUUGCCCCCCUCAAAAAAAUAAUAAUACAGUGGUGCCCCGCAAGACGAAAAACUCGCUAGACGAAAGAGUUUUCCGUUUUUUGAGUCAUUCCGCAAGACGAAUUUCCCUAUGGGCUUGCUUCGCAAGACGAAACGUCUUGCGAGUUCUUGUGAGUUUGUUUCCUUUUCUUAAAGCCGCUAAGCCGUUAAUAGCCGCUAAGCCGCUAAUAGCCGCUAAUAGCCGUGCUUCGCAAGACGAAAAAACCGCAAGACGAAGAGACUCGCGGAACGGAUUAAUUUCGUCUUGCGAGGCACCACUGUACAGUGGUACCUCAGGUUAAGUACUUAAUUCGUUCCGGAGGUCCGUUCUUAACCUGAAACUGUUCUUAACCUGAAGCACCACUUUAGCUAAUGGGGCCUCCUGCUGCUGCUGCGCCGCCGGAGCCCAAUUUCUGUUCUUAUCCUGAAGCAAAGUUCUUAACCUGAAGCACUAUUUCUGGGUUAGCGGAGUCUGUACCCUGAAGCGUAUGUAACCUGAAGCGUAUGUAACCUGAGGUAACACUGUACAGUCAUAUCUCGGGUUGCAGACGCUUCGGGUUGCACCAAACUCGGAAGUACCGGAACAGGUUACUUCUGGGUUUCUGUGCAGAAGCGCUAAAUCCCACUUUGCGCAUGUGCAGAAGCAUCGAAUCGCGACCCGCGCGUGCACAGAUACGGAGCUGCAGGUUGCGAACGUGCUUCCCGCACAAAUCACGUUCGCAACCCAAGCGUCCACUGUAAUCAGGACUGGAGGGGGAGGGCAGGGGCAAAGUGUUCAAGUACCCCACGCUUGAGGCAGUGUGGUGUAGUGGUUAGAGUGUCAUACUAUGACUUGGGAAACGGGGGUUCAAAGCCCUACAUGGCCACGAAGCUCACUGCCUCUCAGCCUACCCUACCCUGAAGGGUUGUUGCGGGAAUUAAAUGAUGAGUGGGAGAAGCAUUUUCUCCUUGAAGAAAAAUGUGGGAUGUAAAUGCAAUAAGUAAAUAAAUAAACAGAGCCCUAAUCUUGAAAAAACAUACAUAGGAAGCAGACGCCAUUGUGGAUAGAUUUCUGCAGGCAAAGCCGUUGCUGGGCCCCUGAGCUACGGCCCUUCCUCUUCCUGCCCCCCAUUAUAUGCUAAAAAAUAAAUCCCUGCAUUUAAGUAUCCAGCAUGGAGGGCAUAAUGCUGUCUCCGAGAGCAGACCAUUGCUUUUCUUUCAAGGAAUGAAUGGCAACCAUUGAUUUACGACGGGAGGAAGUCGCAGCGUGUCCUGCAGAAACACUGAUCCUGGCCUGCUUUGACCCCAGUUAUCGAGAAUCAGCUCUGCUCCUGUCUGGGCAGCCUCCAGCUCCUCAACUCUGUUUCCAACACUAAAGCUGUGGUGUGAAGUUUAAGGAACGGGAUUUUAUGUGAAGAUUCCUACGGCAUUUCUUAAGGUACGAAAUCUGGAACAGUCCUCUGCCUCAAAUUAAUGACAACCAUUGGGCUAGAGUUCUAUGAGGUUUACAGAAGGAGGGGGUCAGACUGUGCCCUGGCCAAAGGCCUGGUGGAACAGCUCUGUCUUGCAGGCCCUGCGGAAAGAUGUCAAGUCCUGCAGGGCCCUAGUCUCUUAUGACAGAGCGUUCCACCAGAUUGGGGCCAUGGCCGAAACAGCCCUGGCCCUGGUUGAGGCCAGCCUAACCUCCCUGUGGCCCGGGACCUCCAAGAUGUUUUUAUUUGAAGACCGUAAGGUCCUCUGUGGGGCAUACCAGGAGAGGCGGUCCCGUAGGUAUGUGGGUCCUAGGCCGUAUAGGGCUUUAAAGGUUAAAACCAGCACCUUAAACCUGAUCCUGCACUCCACCGGGAGCCAGUGCAGCUGGUAUAGCACCUGGUGAAUGUGAUCCUGCGGCAAGGACCCCGUACAUAUUUUAUUAUAUAUUGUAUUUAUAUCCCUCCUUCCCCCCCUCUAAGGACCUCUCAAUGGCAUACGAGAUUCCCCUGCUCCUCAUUUAAUCCCCACAAAACAUGCUGUGAAGUAGGUUCAGCUGAGGCAAUGACUGGCCCAAGGUCACACACCCAGUGAGCUUCAUCAUGGCUGAGUGGAGAUUCGAACCCUGGUCUCCCAGGUCUUAGUCUGAUGCUCUAACCACUACACCACACUGGCUCUCACACACGGGCAGACGGAAGGGGAUGAGCCUUCAGCGCACCACCACCGUGCCUUCGGGGAAAGAUGGGGUGCUAAUCUGAUAAGGCCCAAACCAUCAAGGCAAGACGUGAUUUUUGGGGGUCAGCCCGCGACUUCUAAACAAACGAGGCUGAACUUUGCGACGCUCCUGUCUAUACCUCACGUCCCCUGCCAUGGUUCCUCCUUGUUCUGUUGCUGGUGCAAGGCAACGGUGAAGAGAAGGUCUUUUCUUGUAGGCGUUCUCUGGGAACGUUGCACCAUGGCUGCAGCUUGAUGUUAACCCUCACGUCCCCAUGUGUCACCCGCAUUGCUGACCAUCCUCACUGCCGCGAUGCCAUGGUGCUUGCUGGGCUCUGCCCCUCUGCAGAGGGGGCUGGUGGGAAGGGGGCCUUUGUGUUGUGUCACAGAAGCAAGGCUGCUUUGCUCAGCAAAGACAUCACUUGGGUUUACUUAGAGCAGCAGCAGCACAUAGAAGUCGCAAGCCCUUAUGAUGGGGCUUGUGUAGAGGUCAAUAGAGAUGUAAUAUUCUGCUUCCAGCCACAAGGACUGUUCUGUUUCCAGUAUCAGAGGCCAUAUGUUGUUGAAUCCCAGUUGCUUGGAAUCGCAAGUGGGAAGAGGUCCAUUGUACCCAGUUCCUACUGGUCCCGCUGUGGUCUAAACCACCGAGCCUCUUGGGCUUGCUGAUCAGAAGGUCGGCGGUUUGAAUCCGCGCAACGGAGUGAGCUCCCCUUGCUCUAUCCCAGCUCCUGCCAACCUAGCAGUUCGAAAGCACGCCAGUACAAGUAGAUAAAUAGGUACCAGUGUGACGGGAAGGUAAAUGGCAUUUCCAUGCACCCUGGCACUCGUCACGGUCCUCCGUGCACCAGAAGCGGUUUAGUCAUGCUGACCACAUAACUCGGAAAGCUGUCUGUGGACAAAUGCUGGCUCCCUCAGCCUGAAGCAAGAUGAGCGCUGCAACCCCAUAGUCGCCUUUGACUGGACUUAACCGUCCAGGGGUCCUUUACCUUUUUACCUUACUGGUGGUCUUCCCAGUAAGUAUCUGGCUGGCCACUGGGAGGACAGGAUGUUGCACUCGAUGGGCCAUUGGCCUGAUCCAGCAGCCUCUUCUUGCAUUGUAAUGCAAGUUUUGGAACGACUGGCGGUAGACAAGGCCCCGUGUGGGAUAGCUGAAUGGAGCAUUGGACUUGAAUUUGGAAGGCUUGGAUUCAAACCCCUGAUCAGGCAUGCAUUUCCCUGGAUGCCUUGGAGCAAGUCAUGCUCUUUCUGCCCUGGCCCGCCUGAGCCGGCAUUUGUCCACAGACAGCUUUCCGGGUCAUGUUGUCAUCAUGACUAAACCGCUUCUGCUGCACAGAGGACCGAGAUGAGUGCCAGGGUGCACGGAAAUGCUGUUUACCUUCCCGUCACAGUGGUACCUAUUUAUCUACUUGCACUGGUGUGCUUUCGAACUGCUAGGUUGGCAGGAGCAGGGACUGAGCAACGGGAGCUCACUCCGUUGCGCGGAUUCAAACCGCCGACCUUCUGAUCAGCAAGCCCAAGAGGCUCGGUGGUUUAGACCACAGCGGGACCAGUAGGAACUGGGUACAAUGGACCUCUCCCCACUUGCGAUUCCAAGCAACUGGGAUUCAACAACAUAUGGCCUCCGAUACUGGAAACAGAACAGUCCUUGUGGCCGGAAGCAGAAUAUUACACCUCUAUUGACCUCUACACAAGCCCCAUCAUACGGGCUUGCGACUGUUUGAGAGGAAAGAAUGACAUAGCUCCAUCUGUACCCUGUGCUCCUCGGAGAAGGGAAUCAUGCAAACGUGAGAACCCCAAGUACAUGCCCACUUUGCCAGGCCCCUAAAGAUUCGAUCAGUGCCAUGCACAUUUUCUCAUGCUUGUGAGUUUGAGGGUCUGCAGCUGAGUGGCAGAUCCCUGGCACCUCCCGUUUAGAAGAAGGGUCCCGGGCAUCAGAGCUGGGAAAGGCUUUGGGCAGUGGGGUGGUCAAUGUAUCGAUAUAGCAUCCCAAACCGGUUUGAAAUCCAUAUCGUGAUGUCGGUUUCAUAAUUCUUGACCUGAGAAUAUAUCAUGAAUCAUUAUGUGUGUGUGUAUGUGUGCUAUGCAAAAAUCGGAAUGUGGGAAAAACCGUGAAGCCAGCCAAUGGUUCUACAUAGCUCCAUCCUUAUUUCAGACAGUGAUAUAUCAGGAUAUAGCAAUGUUCAUCUAGUGAUAUAUCACAAAGUUGAAAACCAGCUCCAUCCUUAUUUCAGACAUUGUGAUAUAUCAGUAUAUCACAGUGUUUAGAUGGUGAUACAGUGGUACCUCGGGUUAAGAACUUAAUUCAUUCUGGAGGUCUGUUCUAAACCUGAAACUCUUCUUAACCUGAAGCACCACUUUAGCUAAUGGGGUCUCCUGCUGCUGCUGCUGCACCGCCGCUGCACGAUUUCCGUUCUCAUCCUGAAGCAAAGUUCUUAACCCGAGGUAAUAUCUCUGGGUUAGCGGAGUCUGCAACCUGAAGCGUAUGUAACCUGAAGCGUAUGUAACCUGAGGUACCACUGCAUACCAUGAAGCUGAAAACCAAAUAUCGCCCAGCACUACUGUUCACCUCUACAUAGUUCCAUCCUUAUUUCAGUCAUCGUGAUAUAUUGCGAUGUUUAAAACAGCCCUAGUGAACUGUCACAGCAGACAGUCCUGGAUUCAGUCAACCAGUGAUCUGAUGCAGGCAGCUUCAUGACACGAGCCCAAUCUUUGGCCCACCCAGAGCAAUAUUGUCAACACUUCCUGGGGCAGUUGUAGCUAAGCAGUAUAUAGAUUAUCCGAACAAAGAAAGCAGCAUCAGUCCAUCAGUCCGUUGGUCAUCCUUUUGCGUAGCUAAUGGCCAUUACAAAAUCCAAACAGGCUUUAAAAUCUCAUCAAACGUCUAAAUAAAAAGAGAACCUGGAUCCAACCCAACAUGUAUAUAGACAUGUUGGGUUGGAUCCAGACUUAUUCGUUGUGCUUCGAUUAGACCUAUUGAAAUCAAUGGGACAAGCCGGUCAUGAAAACAGGGACAUCCUAAGGAAAAGCGGGACAUUCCAGGAUUGAAUCAGAAACUGGGACCGCUUCUGUAAAUCUGGGACUGUCCCUGGAAAAUAGGGACGCUUGGAGAGUCUGCUGGUGUAGGAGAGGUGUGACUCAGUAUAAGGAAGCUUUCUGUUUUCCUAGGGUGCUAAAAAAACAUUGAUUUAGCCUCGAGAGCCUUGCUGUUCUAGGAAAUCUUUGAUCGCUUUCUCCUGCCUUUAGGUGCUAGAAUGACAACAUGGCUACCAAAGGAAUGUAUAAACUGGACGAUGGAAACUGCUGCCCCACCAACUGCUUUCCGGCCCGGAGCCUUUUGCGGUCCAGAUACGAGGAAGGUAACCCAUCCCGACGUUGAUAACGUGGAAAUAAAUUUCCUGGAGAUCAAUAGGGCUCCCUCUUAGGCCUUCCCCCACCUCAAGGGCAACUUGGGUGCUGCACCCCAGUGGUGGGUGAGGCUAGAGACAGGAAUGGGGAGAGCAGCAGAUGUCCUGUAGAUGUCCUGUUCUCCCUGGGCUCCUGGGCAAACACGGGACUCAACAUAAGCAACACCAAUAGGGUAACAUCCAGGACCUGAUCAUGGUCAGGGUCCAGGCUAGGACAGACCACAACAAGAGUGAGGCAAGAGGCAAAGUCAGAGCCGUCCAUGGUCAGAUUCGGUGCAGGCAGGCAAUCCAGUAGCAGGCAAGGCUACUUUGGGGCAAGUACUCUUUUGUGAGGGAACCCCAGCAGAGAUUUAACACUGCAAAACAUGCAGCACAGAAAAGCUUUAGAAUGUGCCCUUCCAGUAAGUCCUAAAGUGUGCCCUUCUCAAAGCUCUUUCCAAGGUUUCCCACUUCCCCAGCACCGAGAUAGACCACACAUUCGGUAAGUCAUGGUUUACUUACAAAGCUCUUCAAAGGUCAGAUUCAUGUGGUUUUCCAUGCAGCAGUCAGACAAGGUGCACAGGCAGUUUAAAACAUUGCUUAGUUACAAACGGUAGAAGUUUCUGAACUAUUGGUGUAGAAAAACAGGCUCCAUUUUGGUCUGAAACAAAAGAGGGUGGUUGAAGCCAUGCGGCUGGAGCGACCAGGUCAGAGCUGUUUAUAUACCGAAGUUCACAUGGAGCGGUGUAGAAAUUUUAUAAAAUGAAUAGGAAUAAAUGAAUGAGGCCACGUGUGGCAAAUCCACAGUGUGCUUUCUCCUGAUUUGAUGCUGGCCGUUUUCCGUCGUGGCUCCUCAGGGGCUGGCCACUGGCAAGUGGCCCGCCGGACAGCGGAGAAGACCAAGAUCGAGUUGCUGUUUGGGACAAAAGCCCCCCAGGUUAGGCUGAGAAGACCAGAGACGGCAAGUGGGGCUUACAGGCUUCUGGACAACAAAACUCUCGACGGCGCACAGCUGGUGAGUACGAUUGGGGUACUGUUGCUUUUCUGUUGUGCGUGCAGAGUGACUUCAAGGAAGAGACCCUACAGCUUGAGACUGGUGCCGAUCCUCGCACAAAUACGUUAAUAAUAAUAAUUUAUUAUUUAUACCCUGCCCAUCUGGCUGGGUUUCCCCAGCCACUCUGGGCGGCUUCCAACAAAACACUAAAAUACAAUAAGCUAUUAAACAUUAAACGCUUCCCUAAACAGGGCUGCCUUCAGAUGUCUUCUAAAAGUUUGGUAGCUAUAUUUCUCUUUGACAUCUGGUGGGAGGGCGUUCCACAGGGCGGGCGCCACUACCGAGAAGGCCCUCUGCCUGGUUCCCUGUAACUUGGCUUCUCACAGUGAGGGAACCGCCAGAAGGCCCUUGGAGCUGGACCUCAGUGUCCGGGCAGUGUGGCUGGGGAAGCCCAGCCAGAUGGGUGGAGUAUAAAUAAUAAAUAAUAAUAAUAAUAAUAAUAAUAAUAAUAAUUAUUAUUAUUAUUAUUAUUUAGGCUCUUCAGCUCUUUGAUCAUUUUAGUUGUACCAUUUGGGGGUGGUUGAGAGCAUGAAAAACUCAAGCAUCAUUAGAAGAGGCCCAGAACUUGGCUUUCCUUGGUAGAGGAUUUUGCAUUUUUCUUUUUUCUGUAUUGCUGCAUUUACCGUAUUUUUCGCCCUAUAGGACGCACCAGCCCAUAGGACGCACCUAGUUUUCAGGGGGGGAAAUCAAGGGAAAAAAUAUGAUUUCCCCCCCGCAGCUCUGGGAGCAGUGGACAGGCUGCACGCAGCCUAGGCGCUACUCCAAGACCUUCUCCCUGCUUUUGCGGGAGGUGGCGGAAUUCCGCCACCUCCCGCAAAAGCCCACAGGAGCCCCGCGUGACUCCUGCAGGCUUUUCGACCAGGAGGGAGAAGGGACUGAAACGGCCAGUCAGUCCCUUCUCCCUCCUCGGGGAAAAGCCCCCAAGAGAGGCGCACUCUUUAAAGGGUGUGCGGCUCCUGCGGGCUUUUCUAGGAGGUGGGGGAAUUCCCCCCCCCAUAGAAAAGCCAGCAGAAGCCGCGGAGCCCCUUUAAAGAGCGCACGGCUUUUGCCUGCCUUUGCGGGAGGUGGGGGAAUUCCCCCAUCUCCCGCAAAAGCCCGCAGGAGGGAGAAGGGACUGACUUAUUAUUAUUAUUAUUAUUACUCUGCCAGUCAGUCCCUUCUCCCUCCUUGGGGAAAAGCCCCCAAGAGCCGCUCGCUCUUUAAAGGGUGUGCGGCUCCUGCGGGCUUUUCUAGGAGGUGGGGGAAUUCCCGCUGCCCCCCAUCCUCUGGGGCUGGCGAUGGGGGAAGCGCUGCUUUCCCCACCGCCAGCCUCAAACCCGGGUUGGAGAGUAGCGGCAAGGCGUCGCGCGCCUUCCUGCUGCCCCCCAUCCUCUGGGGCUGGCGAUGGGGGAAGCGCUGCUUUCCCCCACCGCCAGCCUCAAAGAGCAGACUCUCCUGGCUUCAGCGGAAGCAACGCGAAGCGCAGGCUUCGGAGGCUUCGCGUUGCUAUCGCUGAAGCCAAGGAGUCUGCAUUCGCCCCAUAAGACGCACAAACAUUUCCCCUUCAUGUUCGGAGGGGAAAAAGUGCGUCUUAUAGGGCGAAAAAUACGGUAAAUCCCACCUUUCCUCCCAAGAGCUCAAAGGGGGCUUCAUGGCUCUCCCCAUCACCCUUUCAGGUGGUUGGUGACUAGCCCAAGGUCGCCCAGUGAGAUUUCUGGUCCAACACCCUGGUCACUAGGCCACACUGCCUUCCUUGGGCAGUAUAUGUCCACAACCCUGUUCUCUGGCUUGUUGUAUCAGGAAAUUUUUCUCUUUUUUUUCUUUUUUAAAAAAAAUAUUUAUACUUUUCAAGUUUAUACAUUUCACUGAUUUUAUAAUCAUUUUGACAUUUCAAAACUUGACUUCCUUCCCCCUCUUUCUGCGGUUCCUUACAUUUAUUUUUAAUAUCUUCUGCAUAUCCUAAUUUGCUCAUUUGUUCAUCUUCUUUAAAUAUAUACUCUUAUGAAACUGCAGGUUAUUACAAUAAUCCUGCCAGUGUUUUUAUCUGUUUACAAUUUAUUUGUAAAUAUGCAAUAAACCAUUUCCAUUCUUUUAUAAACAGUUUGUUAUCUUGAUUUCUUAUUCUCCCAGUAAGUUUUGCCAUUUCUGCAUAUCCCUGAAUUUUUGUAUCCAUUCUUCCUUUGCUGGGACUUCUUCUUUCCAUUUUUGGGCAAGUAACAUACUUGCCGCUGUAGUAGCAUACAUAACUAAGGAAGUUUCAGGAAGUUUUUAAUGCUUGAUGCUUAGUUGUGUUUUUAUAUUAUGUUGAAAGCUGCCAGUGUCAGAUGGACGGGGUACAAAUAAUAUAUUAUUAUUAUUAUUAUUAUUAUUAUUAUUAUUGUUAUUAUUAUUAUUAUUAUUAUUGUUAUUUGCAGAUUAAGCUCCACCACGUGAAAAGCCCGUCACAUUUGUGCUCUGUGGACAUCAGUAACCAAAAUUUUGUCAUGGUGAGUAGGAGGCUUGCCUUGUGAAUUUACUCUGGUGUGUGUUGUACUGGAAUAGCAGCAGCUAUGGUGAAAUGGGUUGGAACUUCAACCCACCUAACUGGCUGAAUAUAGUCAUGGCCCAAGCCUGGAAAGUCAUGUUGCUAUGCAACCAUUAGUUGGGGGGCUUCUUAUGGGAUGCGGGUGGCACUUUGGUCUAAACCACUUAGACUUGGGCUUGCCAGUCGGAAGGUCAGCAGUUUGAAUCCGUGCGACGGGGUAAGCUCCCAUUGCUCUGUCCCAGCUCCUGCCAACCCAGCAGUUCGAAAGCACGCCAGUGCAAGUAGAUAAAUAGGUACCUCUGCGGCGGGAAGGUAAACGGCAUUUCCAUGCGCUCUGGUUUCCGUCAUGCUAUUCUGUUGUGCAAGAAGCGGUUUAGUCCUGCUGGCCACAUGACCCGGAAAGCUGUCUGUGGACAAACGUCGGCUCCCUCGGCCUGAAAACGAGAUGAGUGCCGUAACCCCAUAGUCGCCUUUGACUGGCCUUAACCGUCCAGGGGUCCUUUACUUUUGCCUUAGUUUGGGGGCUGGGGUCCGUCCAUGGUUAUGAAUGUCAGAGGAUUCCAGUUUGCUCUGCAGUUGAGAGCAAGCUUAACCAUUCUGGCCCCGCUUCUGUUUCAGAAUGUGUGGAUGGAGCUUGUUUCCUUUUCACUUCUACAGGCAAAAGAAGAAGAUUUUGAGCAGUUUGACUGCGUUGCCUAUAUCAACGCCACAGAAAAUCUCUUGACCUUGGGUAAGGAAUGCAUGGCAGUUUGUGGGCUGCAGCAAUGGCAUGUUAUUUUUAAUUGGGCUGUUGGGUGGGCGAUGAAGAAUCAGUGGGCAUGUUCACACGGGUGGCUUGAAAGGCAGAGAGGUCAUUUUCCGCAUUUACACAGAGAUGUUUGCAUCAGAAUGGGGUGGGGGUGUCUUCACCUGAAAUGCAUGUUUUUUUGGGUUCUCCUGCCUUCCUGCAACUCCCGUUCAUUCAGCUGUCAUCUGCGCCUGCACAACGGCUGUUAGGGUACAUCCUUGUGCAAAUUAAUUGAAACAAACAAUGAGUUUAGUAGCUUAUUGUACAAAACUCACAUAUACGUACAUUAGUAACGGACAUCAUUUUUGACAUCAUCUGAUAGGAAGUGCCUACAGAGGGUGGUGAACACAGCACAAUAUAUUAUGGGCUGUCCCGUGAAUCCGCUGGAUGACAUCGCAGAAGAACGUUGCCUCGGGAGAGUGAGGAAAAGUCUCAGGGAUGAUUCACAACCUUGCCGGCACUUUCUUGAUCUCCUGCCCUCGGGCAGAAGACAUAGAAACAUGAUUAGUCGCCCCAACAGGGUAAAGAACAGCUUCUGUCUGUGGGCUGUUAGGCUGCUGAAUGAAAAGAUAACAACAGGGCAACUGACUUUCAGGUUUGGUGUGUGUGUGUGUCAGUAAACAAGGGGAAUUAAGACUACGAGAGCUGAGUGGGGGGUGCUCGCGUAAUCUCACUGUAUACAAGUUGUACAAGUGACAAUAAAGUAUUUCAGUAUGACCUCCACUAUUUUUAAGCAGCAUUUGAACACGUUUCGGCAUGGAGUCUACUGUACUAGUUACAAACAGUCACUGUUGAUUUUCGGAUCCAUGUACCACACUUGACUCAGCGCUUGAAUGAGCUUCUCCAUAGUCGUACAGUCUGCAGAACGGAGGCGACUUUUGCAUACAGCCCACAAAUUCUCAGUGGGAUUUACGUCCGGGGAAUUCCCUGGCCAAUCAAGUACCUGUAUUUGCUGCUCUGUCGUGAAUUUCUUCACCACUUUCGAUGUGUGACAGGGGGCUAGAUCCUGCUGCAAUAUCCCAGUACCGUCAGGAUACCUCUUUUCCAGCUCUGGAAUAAUUCUCUUUCGUAGAACCUCAAUAUAUUGUGGCGAGCGCAUCAUUCCUUCUAUUGGCUGCAGGCUUCCAACACCAUAACAACAGAAGCAUCCCCAAAACAACUUUUGUGGGUGCUUGACAGACUGAUCAAUGUGGCAAUCACAAAGCUUGUCUUAGAUAGAAAACAUGCUUUGUUUCAAUUCAUUUGCACAAGGAUGUAGAUUUAGGCUUCCUCAGAGCUGGAGGAGGGGUCCCACCCGCUUCAGACGUUUCCUUCUUAAUGGUUUUAUUAAUGCGCCAUCACAUCCACUUCGUUCUUAGUCAAUGGCUCCUUUCCCAGGUGAUUUCCUGAACACGGGAAGCUAGUUUCGCCCAAAUGUUAAUGUGCUAAAUCCAGUUGACUGGCACUCAGGAAGGGGGUGGUGGUGGUCCAGGAACUAGAAGAGUAGUCCAGGCACCCCACAAACUCACAACACUACAUUACCUUGUGUUUCUUGGCCUUGAUGGCUCCAAUCUGGCCUGCUGGCGAUGACCCACAGCCAUUAAAAAAAUUACACCAGGCGCUCCACCCCCAUUCCUCCUCUGUUGGAGAUAAUGGUGAGAGGAACUGUCCGAUUUUGCAUCUCUCGGUUUCUCAUUUUUCCAAUCUUAAAUAUGGUCCUUUACACUUCUACAGCAAUUGGCAAACUCUUCUUUUCCUAAUCCUCAUAAAAAUUAACCAGCCUUUUACUUGGAAUUUCACCUUAACAAGUCCUUUUCUGUAUGCAACUUCGACCAACGUACACAUUUUUGCAAGCCCAUUCCCUGAUAUAGCAUGUUUAUUUGUACAUAGCUUUCACUAACAUACUCAUUUUUAUGCACACUUUCCCCCGAUAUAUGUAUUUUGGUAAGCAUCGUUUGGUUCAGAGAAGGGCACAUUCUGAAGGAUGGCUUUGUUUCAGUUCUCGUCUUGUUUUGGAAACUGCAAAUUUGAUCGAUUUGCAUUUAAAUGGAUGGGGAAACCCAGCCAGGUGGGUGGGAUAUAAAUAAGAAAAUUAUUAUUAUUAUUAUUGCAAACUGAACCCAGUUUCGCCCCCAUCCCUAGCUGGAGAUCAGAGUGGCAUGUGCCAUAGACCUGUCAUGCAUCUAAAUAAUAAUAAUAAUAAUAAUAAUAAUAAUAAUAAUAAUAAUAAUAAUUUAUUUAUACCCCGCCCAUCUGGCUGGGUUUCCCCAGCCACUCUGGGCGGCUUCCAACAAAAUAUUAAAAUACAGUAGUCCGUCAAACAUUAAAAGCUUACCUAAACAGGGCUGCCUUCAGAUGUCUUCUAAAAGUCUGGUAGUUGUUGUUCUCUUUGACAUCUGGUGGGAGGGCGUUCCUAUAAGCUAGACUUCUGCCUUCAGGGACACUGGAGGACCUGUCCCCUUUCUGAGUGUUGAAGUGAGAUUAAGCCGUCUUGUCCUUUGCUUCGGGCGGCAAAAUGCCUUGAGCUGGCCCUCCAACUGCUUAGAAGGUGUGUUCGUGUGGUUCCCUUUUUUUGGAGACUCAGUGUUGCCUAAAAGAACAUGCACAUCUGGGGAGUCCUAAAUGGGGGGUGGUGGCUAUACCGUUCACAUGCUUUGUGCCCAGUAAUCUCAAAACACCCAGCCAUUGCUGCCCUGAUUCUUUCGGUUGAUGUUGCCUUCCCCCCUUUUAUCACCCAUUCAGACGCUUUCCGUACAUUUCCUGGGCUCCGGGAACUGGAACUCUCCUUGAACGGCCUAAGGAAUCUAAAAGUCAACGCCGGGGACUUUCCACACUUGGAAGUAAGUCAGAGGGGUGACUGAUAAAGAAGAGUUUGGAUUUUAUAUCCCGCUUUAACACUACCUGAAGGAGUCUCAAAGCGGCUAACGUUCUCCUUUCCCUUCCUCCCCCACAACAAACACUCUGUGAGGUGAGUGGGGCUGAGAGACUUCACAGAAGUGUGACUUGCCCAAGGUCCACCCAGCGGCUGCAUGUGGAGGAGCGGGAAAUCAAACCCGGUUCACCAGAUUACGAGUCUACCACUCUUAACCGCUACACCACACUGGCUCUCUGAUAGAGCUUAAGGGGCUAGCUUCUUGUGGCAUGUAGGGAAAGGACCUGGAAUUCACUGGAAGAGCAUAGGCUUUGCCUGCAGAAUGUCCGGGGUCCAUUCCUUGUCAACUCCAGGAAGGACUGAGAGGGGCUUCCUGCCUGAAACUGUGGGAAGCUGCUGCCAAUCAGUGUCAAAAAUACUGAGCUCCAUUGACCACUUUCCUAUGCUCCCCUUAGGAUUCUUAACUUAGGGAAGAGGUUGUAGCUCAGUAACAGGGCAUCUUCUUUGCACGCAGAAGGUCCUUGAUUCAGUCUCCAGGGAUGUCUGGAGCCCCUGUGCUGAAGUCCUGGAGAGCCAUUGCCAGUCAGUGCAGGCUGUACUGAGCUCGAUGGACCAAUGGCCUGGCUCAUUAUAAGGCCACUUCCUCUGUUCAUGCAAUCCAUCAAAUAUCCUUUAUUAGGCGUAGCAAACCACACAUUGUCAAACAGACACCAUAUACAAAUUGUUCAAAAUACGAGCUCAGCAUAACAAGGUUUGUCCCCGUCAGAUCUUUAACUCCAGAGGAAAUCAAUUUGCAUAAAUAAUACAAUACAACCCUACCACAUCACUGAUCAAUUAAGAACCACUAAAUCUCUUUAUAAUGGCCCGGUCUCUCUACAUGGACAGCACUCAAAAAUUCAGCCACUAUUAAAGUAAUUUGAUCAUUCCUGUGUUCAGAUAUGCCUUUGGAACCUCACCGGGGGUGGCUGGGGAAUAAACCACCAGGAGGGAAUGGGUCUCUUCCUCCUCGUCUGCUUCACAUUCCCCCCCCCCAAAGUGACUUUUCAAAAAGUGCCCCGGAGGUCAGUUUCACGUGUUGAGAGUAACAUGUAUGUAGCCUGGACUUUUCUGACGAGUCUCUGUCUUUUUUGAAACUCUCAGGUCCCUGUGAAAUGACCAGUUAGGUUCUUUUUAAUCUGUUUAGGUGUUUAACAUAGAUGAGACCCAGUACACUCUAGAAAGGCACAAGUAAACCUCAGACAACCAAUACUGGAUUUUCUCUGUAAUAUUGCUUUAUUGAUUAACAAGUACGGUAAUUCACAUGUCAAGACAAGGAAUAUGCACUCAACCAUACGUCCAUUCAUACACCUUUCAUACUCACCACUCUUUACUGGAUAAUAAUAAUAAUAAUAAAUAAAUAAAUAAAUAAAUAAAAUAUUAUUUGUACUGCACCCAUCUGGCUGGGUUUCCCCAGCCACUCUGGGCGGCUUCCACAAAGACAAAAAAUACACCAAUAUGUAAUACAUUAAAAACUUCCCUGAACAGGGCUGCCUUAAGAUGUCUUCUGAAUGUCAGGUAGUUAUCUCUUUGACAUCUGAUGGGAGGGUGUUCCACAGGGAGGGUGCCACCACCGAGAAGGCCCUCUGCCUGGUUCCCUGUAGCUUUGCUUCUCGCAAUGAGGGAACUGCCAGAAGGCCCUCGGCGCUGGACCUCAGUGUCCGGGCAGAAUGAUGGGGGUGGAGACGCUCCUUCAGUUAUACUGGACUGAGGCUGUUUAGGGCUUUCAAGGUCAGCACCAACACUUUGAAUUGUGCUUGGAAACGUACUGGGAGCCAGUGUAGGUCUUUCAAGACCGGUGUUAUAUGGUCUCGGCGGCCGCCCCCAGUCACCAGUCUAGCUGCCGCAUUCUGGAUUAGAUUGAUCAGGUUCAGUAAGAGCCACGAUUGGCAGACGACAGCGCAGUCAAUGUCUGGCUCACAACUUAGGCUGGAGGGAUUUGCCAUAUAUACACCUCAUUGUUCAUCUGUAUGUGCUGUUCUGUACCGUUCCUGGUACACACCGUUUUUGGCCCCAAAAUUGUGAUGUUUUCCACAUUAUCGUUUAUACAACACAGUUCACGAUCAGUUCACUGACAGUUCAGCCAUCUUUAGGCCCAUCCAAACCAUGCCAUUUGUUACACCAGGGAGGAGGAGACAUUGCAACGCGAUUGUUUAAUUCCUCCUUUCACUCCCUCCCAGCUGCCUUGGGAGGUCUCGUGAUGGGAAAACGAGAAACCAAACAGAAGACAAUCCCAUUGGAUCUCAAUAAAUGACUCGAAAAAAGUAACCCAUGGCAAAACCUGUCACCUUAAUUGAGGCCCCUGUAAUAAACGAAAACCUGCCCUUAUUCCCUUAUGGAGGACACAAGAGCCCUUACAGAGUGCUUUGCAGGUUCUCCAUCGGUCAGAGAAAAUAACAGAGGCCAACCAGAGAAUAUUGAGAAGCAAAGCAGCUAGUAAGCCUGAUUUUUAUUGAACUGUUGCAACAGGGUGCUCCCCUCACACACAGGAAAGGAGGAGGACCCAGAACAAAGGUGUGCCCGCCCUUAUAUAGACAUUUUAAAUUGCUAGCCCUGGAGUCCAAGACCACCUCCAGAAACAUCAUACCUACAUCACAGAAAGGGCGGUCUACAACAGAAAUCUGAGUGUGUUGUUUAUCUCCUGUCUGGCAGGUUACUUGUUAAUGGUUACUUGAUUGGAUACCCUGGGGAGCCUGGCCAGUCUUUUGUAAUGACAAAUACUUAGUUCCUGAGCCAGGUCACAGACUCACCCUAUUCAUACGCAGACAUACCCUUAAGACAGGAUUUGUGAAUGAAAAGACAAUAGGGAGGCUUUUCCACUUUCCUUGACCUUGCAGAGAAAUCAUUUGGUCAGUCUGGGAGUCAAAAUGGUUUCAGGGCUGUUUUCCUGUGCUGCUUCAGACAUGUGGAUUAUAUAUUUAUGUACGUGUUUGCUUGGUACGUUUAUGAACAUUUAUUUUAUAUAUAAGACCUUAACUUUUUUAUUUCACCCCCAAAGCCAUUGGCAAUAAAAACAUCUCACAGUGUCGUUCUUUCUGCUGUGGCUGGGUUAGAGGUGACGCUGGUUCUUCCCCAGCCAUGGAACUGCCUGCUUUUCCUCUGCUCCAGGUCUUGGAUCUCUCAUACAACAACCUUUCUCCCGAGGACGUCCGAGCCCUGGGAAUUUUGUCCCACCUAAAAGCCCUCCAUCUCACCGCCAAUGGGCUGACUUCGCUUCCCCUCGAUCUGGCUGCCCCCGAGAGGUAAGCCCAUGGGGAGAGGAAGGUGGCAAGCAAGAGUUUUUAUUUGUUGGGGGGGGGAGGUCGGGCCGCGUGGGGUUUGUGGAACCUGUAGAUCAGGGAAAGCCAACGUGGUGCAUUAAUAACAAUAAUAAUAAUAAUAUUUAUUUAUACCCCGCCCUCCCCAGCCAAGGCUGGGCUCAGGGUGGCUAACAAGCAAUAAUAAAAACAAGUUGAAUGAAUACAACUUAAAAACAAGAUUAAAAUACAACAUUAAAAUAUUGAAACAUUAAAAUAUUAAAAUGCAGCCUCAUCGCAGGAGGAGAAAGGAAAAAGAAAAAAGAAAGAGGGGGAGGGAAUCAAAUUGGCUCCAAGCCAAAGGCCAGGCGGAACAACUCUGCCUUACAGGCCCUGCGGAAAGAAAUCAGAUCCUGCAGGGCCCUGGUCUCAUGAGACAGAGCGUUCCACCAGGCCGGAGCCAGCGUUGAAAAGGCCCUGGCUCUGGUUGAAGCCAAUCUAACUUCCUUAGGGCCCGGGACCACUAGGGUGUUGCUAUUUAUGGACCUUGAGGCUCUCCGUGGGGCAUUCCGGGAGAGGCGGUCCCGUAGGUACAAGGGUCCUAGGCCGUGAAGGGCUUUAAAGGUCAAAACCAGCACCUUGAACCUGACCCUGUACUCCACCGGGAGCCAGUGCAGCUUGAAAAGCACGGGGUAAAUAUGCUCCCAUGGCAGAGACCCCGUGAGGAGCCUCGCUGCAGCAUUCUGAACCCGCUGGAGUUUCUGGGACAGCUUCAAGGGCAGCCCUGUGUAGAGCGAAUUACAGUAGUCAAGCCUGGAGGUGACCGUUGCAUGGAUCACUGUGGCCAAGUCGGGGCGAUUCUCAUCACCUCCAACCACAGGAUCUGCUAGCUGGGGGAUGAUGGGAGUUGUAGUUCAGCAGCAUCACGAGGGCUCCACAUUGGCUUCCUCUCUUCGUUUCUCUCAAAGUCUUACACUGCACCCUUCUCUCCCCUUUUGCCUUUUCCUGAGUGAUGUGGCACAGCCAAAGUCACUGUUCGUUUCCCUUGGCAGUGAGAGCUCCCCGAGGUUCCCGGCUCUGGAAGUCUUGCUCUUGGACGACAACCGCCUAUCCCAUGCCAACGUCUUUGUCAGCCUCGCCAACCUCCGCAGGUAAGGAAGACCUCCUGUGCUUGCUAUAAUAAUGUAAUAAUAAUAAUUUUUUACUUAUACCCCACCCAUCUGGCUGGGUUUCCCCAGCCACUCUGGGUGGCUCCCAACAGAAUAUUAAAAACAUGAUAAAAUAUCAAAAAUUAACAACUUCCUUAAACAGGGCUGCCUUCAGAUGUCUUCUAAAAUCACAUAGUUGUUUAUUUCCUUGACAUCUUCUGGGAGGGCGUUCCACAGGGUGGGUGCCACCACUGAGAAGGCCCUCUGCCUGGUUCCCUGUAACCUCACUUCUCACAGGGAGGGAACCACCAGAAGGCCCUCGGAGCUGGACCUCAGUGUCUGGGCAGAACGAUGGGGGAGGGCAGGGAACGUCCAUGUCAGGUCCGGAGGGUGGCAACAUGAGGACGGGCCUCUUCAGUGGUGGCUCCCCGUUUGUGGAGUGCUCUCUCCAGGGAGUCUCUUCUGGCACCGUUGUUAUCUAUUUUCUGGCAAAAGGGAAAGCAGUUCCUUGUUAACCAGACCUUUCUUUGGCUUCUAACUAUCUAUGGCAUUUUAGAGAGCGUGGGAUGUAUUACUGUAUUCCCCACGCACUCCAAGUUUUCCUAUUUGAUUAUUAUUUUUUGGUAAGUCGUCUUGUAUGUCACGUGGCAAAAAGUGACUAAUAAAUUUAGCAAUAAUAUUAUAUAGUAAUAAUCGGGAAACGGUCUUGCGCCUUGCCCUGGUCUCUGCAGGAGUUCUGCAAACCUUGGCCUUACCGCUGGCCUCCUUGUUUCCAUUUCAGCCUGAAGCAGUUAAACUUGGACAGAAACGGAAUCAGAGAGGUGCCGUAUCUCCACCACUUGGACAGCGGCCGAUUCUCCAUCCAUCCUUUAUCUGCCAAGUCGGGCAUCAGGGAAGGAUUGCGCAGCCGCAAGAGUGCUGGGAAACAGAUCCGCCAGGAUAAGUCACCGGCUGGUGGUGGGCAGCCGGAGUACAUUGUCUUCCAAAACAGCAAGGACCCAGACAGGACUGGUGGGCCAUAAUUAUAUAUUUUUCCUUUGUAGUGCAUUGGUGCUCCUCGCCCCCGUGGAUGAUGGUGAAAGAAGCUCACCAAGCCUAGGAAACAAAAAACAAACAAAAAAUAAAUCAUUUAUUAACAGCAUAAAAUUUUAACUUAAGGACCAGGUUUUAUCAGAAGACAAGAGAACUGACAGUACAUUUUGGCAAUCCUCACAGAACUCUAGCCCAAUGGUUGCCAUUAAUCUGAUUUGAACUGAUUUUAGAAUGAAAUGAUUUUAUUUUAUUUUUUUUAAUAAUUUUUAUUAAAGUUUUAAACAAAGAAAAAAGAAAAAGCAACACACACAAAAAGACAAUACAAAAUUUAACAAUAGAAACACACAACAUAACAAUUUAAAACAAACUCUCUUUUACAUUCCCAAUUUUAAAUUACUUAUUUUCUGGACUUCCUCAUACCUCCCUCUUUUGUAUUCCAAUCUACAUUAUUUGUCCAGCAGUUUCUUUUCCACUUUUUAAACCCAAUCUUUAAUUUAAUGAAAUAUUAAACUAUAUAGCUUCAGCUUUUUAAACAUAAUCCUUGUUCUUAAUGUCAUAUACCUUUAAAUUUUUCCCUUUUAUUAUCAAAUUUCCAUUUCUUUAAACAUCUUUAAUCUUAAUCUUUAAUCUUAAUCUAUCCUUAGCUUUAACCUGUACAGCUGGAAACCACUUAUUUUCAAUCCAACAUCACUCUAACAUUCCUUAAUUUUGCAGUGUUUCUGAAGAUAGUCUUUGAAUUUCUUCCAAUCUUCCUCCAUCGACUCUUCUCCCUGGUCACGGAUUCUGCCAGUCAUUUCCGCCAAUUCCAUGUAGUCCAUAAGUUUCAUCUGCCAUUCCUCCAGCGUGGGAAGUUCUUGUGUCUUCCAAUACUUUGCGAUGAGUAUUCUUGCUGCUGUUGUUGCAUACAUAAAGAAAGUUCUAUCCUUUUUAACACCAUUUGGCCCACUAUGCCCAGGAGAAAGGCCUCUGGUUUCUUGGGGAAGGUAUACUUAAAUACCUUUUUUAAUUCAUUAUAUAUCAUUUCCCAGAAAACCUUAAUCUUUGGGCACGUCCACCAAAGGUAAAAAAUGUACCUUCAGUUUCUUUACAUUUCCAACAUUUGUUAUCGGGCAAGUGAUAGAUUUUCGCAAGCUUGACUGGGGUUAUGUACCACCUGUAUAUCAUUUUCAUAAUAUUCUCUCUUAAGGCAUUACAUGCCGUAAAUUUCAUACCAGUGGUCCAUAACUGUUCCCAGUCAGCAAACAUAAUGUUGUGUCCUACGUCCUGUGCCCAUUUAAUCAUAGCCGAUUUUACCGUUUCAUCUUGAGUAUUCCAUUUCAGCAGCAAGUUAUACAUUCUUGACAGAUUCUUGGUAUUGGGUUCUAACAAUUCUGUUUCUAAUUUUGAUUUUUCCACCUGGAAGCCAAUUUUCCUGUCUAAUUUAAAUGCCUCCAUUAUUUGAUAAUAAUGAAGCCAGUCUCGCACUUUGUUUUUAAUUUUUCAAAACUCUGCAAUUUCAGUCUAUCUCCGUCUUGUUCCAAAAUUUCCCAAUAUUUCGGCCAUUUGACCUCCAUAUUGACCCUUUUCAAGGCUUUCGCUUCCAUUGGUGACAGCCACCUUGGGGUUUUAUUUUCUAGCAAAUCCUUAUAUCUAAUCCAAACAUUAAAUAAUGCUUUCCUGACAAUGUGGUUUUUAAAUGCUUUGUGUGCUUUGACCUUAUCAUACCAUAAAUAUGCAUGCCAUCCAAAUACAUUAUUGAAACCUUCCAAAUCCAAAAUGUCAGUGUUUUCAAGAAGUAGCCAUUCUUUCAACCAGCAAAAAGCUGCUGAUUCAUAGUAAAGUUUGAGGUCUGGCAGGGCAAAUCCACCUCUUUCCUUUGCAUCUGUUAGUAUUUUAAAUUUUAUUCUAGGUUUCUUGCCCUGCCAGACGAAUUUAGAAAUAUCUUUCUGCCACCUCUUGAAACAGUCCACUUUGUCAACAAUCUGCAAAGUUUGAAACAAAAACAACAUUCUAGGCAAUACAUUCAUUUUUAUCGCAGCAAUACGGCCUAGCAGUGAAAGCUUCAAGUUUGACCAAAUUUCUAAAUCUUUUUCACUUCUGACCAACAUUUUUCAUAGUUGUCUUUAAAUAAAUUCCCAUUUUUGCUGUCAUAUUAAUCCCCAGGUAUUUAACUUUCUUAACCACUGUUAACCCUGUCUCAUUCUGAAACCUCUCUCUUUCAAACGGUGUUAAAUUUUUCUCUAAAACCUUGGUUUUUAAUUUGUUCAAUUUAAAUCCUGCCACUUGACCAAAUUCUUGAAUCAGUUCUAAAACCCUUUUUGUACUAGAUUCUGGCUCCUGUAACGUCAAUACUAAGUCAUCUGCAAAAGCUCUCAAUUUAUAGUGUUUAGUUCCGACCUGUAUACCUUUAACCAACUGGUCCCUUCUAAUCAUGUUCAGCAACACCUCCAGAACCAAAAUAAAAAGAAGAGGGAAAUUGGGCACCCUUGUCGUGUCCCUUUUUCAAUUUUAAGUUCUUCCGUCACAACGUUAUUUACAAUUAGUUUAGCCUUUUGUUCAGAAUAAAUUGCACCUAUACCAUUCUCAAAACCUUGGCCUACCCCCAUACCCUGAAGAUUCUUCUUCAUAAAAUUCCAAGAAAUAUUGUCAAAGGCUUUCUCCGCGUCUACAAAUAUCAACACUGCUUUAGUGUUUAUAUUCACUUCUAAUUUUUCCAAAAUAUCAAUUAUAUUCCUUAGGUUAUCAGACAAGUGUCUUCUUGGGAGAAAGCCCGCUUGGUCUUGAUGAAUCUCUUCCAACAACACUUUUUAAAUCUCGUCGCCAAAAUAUCUGCAAAAAUUUUGUAAUCCACAUUAAGUAAUGAUAUUGGGCGGUAGUUCUUUAGUUGAGUCUUUUCAGCCUCUGUUUUUGGUACAAGUGUAAUAUAUGCUUCUUUCCACGACUCUGGUGCCCUCCUCCCCUCCAUUAUUUCGUUACAGACCUCUUUCAAUGGUUGAAUUAACCAGUCUUUUAAGGCUCUGUAGUAUCUAGAGGUCAAACCGUCUGGGCCUGGAGAUUUACCCAGUUGCAUAUUUUGAAUGGCACCUUCUAUUUCCUGUUCCGUUAUUCUAUCAUUCAGAAUUAGUCUCUUUUCUUGAGAUAUUUUUGUAAUCCAUUUGUUUUCAAAAAUUGGUCUAAGUCUGUUUCUUUCACGGGCCCUUGAGUGUAUAGUCUUUUAAAAUACUUCUGGAAACAACUUCUAAUUUCUGCAGGGUUCUGUAUAUUCCUUCCAUCCACUUCUAUAUUCGUAAUCGUAUUUAAUUUUUGUCUCUUUUUCAUUUGCCAUGCCAACAGUUUACCACAUUUAUUAGCCGAUUCAAAAGUCUUUUGUCUCAUUUGUUUAAUUUUCCAUUCUAUUUCCUGAUUCAUUAUUUUCAUAUAUUGUACUUGAUAUAACUUCAGCUCUCUCAGAGUCUCUUGAGAUUUAGGAUUUACUCGCAAUCUUUUUUCGCAUUCAUUCAUUUUAUUCAUAAUUUUAUCCUUCUUCUCGUUUUGAGUUCUUUUCUUUAUCGCAUUCUGUUGUAUUAAGAACCCUCUCAUCACAGCUUUACUUGCAUCCCAGAUUACUCUUUUCUCCACGUUGGAACUAAGAUUUAUCUCAAAGUAGUCUUUUAAAGUUUUUUGGGCCUUCUUAAGAAAUUCUUCAUCUCUGAAUAAGGUGUCAUUCAUCUUCCAUCUGAAGGAGCCAGUUGGCAUUAGUCUCAUUUCCAUCUUAACAGCAUUAUGGUCGGAGCAAAUUUUUGGGCAGAUUUCCACCUUUUUUUUGCUUUUGGUGCCAUUCCUCUAGUUAUCCAAAUUUGGUCAAUUCUUGUCCAAGUCAUUUUGGCUUCAGAAAAGAAAGUUCCUUCUUUUGCCAAGGGGUUUCUAAUUCUCCAAAUAUCCACUAAAUCCAAGUUGUCUGUCAUAUCAAAAAAGGUUCUCGGUAGUCUACCAUCUUUGGUGACUACCUGUUUUUGUGCCUUGUCCAUAUAGGUAGAUACCACUCCAUUCAUAUCUCCCAUCAAAAUUAUGUUGUAAUCCAUAUGGUCCAUCAAGGUCUCAUGCAACUUCUUAAAAAAAUUGGAUUUCCCAUCAUUUGGUGCAUAAACUCCUACGAUCAAAAAUUUUUCUCCUUGUGUUUGAAUUUCAAUUGCCACAAAUCUUCCUUGGUCAUCCUUGAAAACAAAUUUUGGUGAUAAAUUAUCUUUUGCGUAGAUCACAACUCCUCUCUUUUUAACUUUAUCCGACGAAAUAAAUUCCUGACCAAGUCUUUUGUUUGUUAACAAUUUCCUGUGUAGUCUCGUUAUAUGUGUUUCUUGUAAACAAAUUAAAUCUAAUUGUUCCUUUUUUAAUAUGUGAAAUACUGACUUCCUCUUCUGAGGGAAUUCAAACCCCGACAGUUCCAUGUUAAAAGUUGCAGGGCCAUGAUGUUAUUGUUUUGAUACUCCUCCUACUGCACCUAGUGCCUGUUCCUCGUCCGUCGGUGGUAUCCCUUCUUUCGAGCGAUCUUUUGGUUCCGGAAAUAGUUCUUUUUGUAAGUCUUCUCCGUGGUCUCUGUAGAAUUUAUCUUUAUCGUCUUCCGAUCUUAUUUUCCUCUUCUUUCCCUUGUAGGUAAAAGACAGGCCUUGAGGGAGUUCCCACCUGAAAUUGAUGUUGUUCCUUCUCAGCAGGAUAACCAGGUCUUUAUAUUUUGAUCUGAGAUCCAGAAUAUAUUUCGGAAUGUCUUUGAAUAUUUCCACCCUUUUCUGAUGAAUUUCCAAUGUUUUCCUGAAGUGUAGGCCCAAAAUCUUAUCCCUCUCUUCUUUUGUUCUAAAAGUAAUCAGACAGUCUCUCACUUUCUUUUCUCCUUUUCUCCCAAGUCUAAAUGCGUUUACUAUUUUGAAACUGUCUUUUGCCAGUUCUGGAUCCCAAAAGUCCAAAAAUUCCUGCGUGAGAAAUUCAGCUAAAUUGUCCUUUUCCACCUCUGGUACUGAUCUGACCCGAAGAUUCACUUGCUUCUCCCUCAAAUCUAUCAUAGACAGAGUUAGUUUAUGGUCUUCCAAUUGUUUAUGCAAUGUUGGUAAUUCCUCUUGAACCUCCUUAACAUCCGUAGCAGAAGUUGUAGCAAUUUCUUUAGCCUCUUCAGCAAUCUGGCGAGUUGCGGCCGAUUCCUCUAAUAAUUUCUGAAUAGUCUCAGUGUUGGUAUUUACUUUUUGGCCCAAAUUAUUUAUACUUGCUGUAUUUUGAUCAAUCUUCUCACAAGCCUCUGCUACUUGUUGACUUAUUUUACUCAAAGAUUCAUUAACUUUGGCCAAAACUUGAGCAAAGGCUUCUUCACUUGUCGAGCUUUUUACCUUUGAUUGUGCCGAUGAGGCUGUUGUUGAGGUUCCAGAAGGGCCUGAGACCGAAGCUCUCCUUUGUAAUCCUUCUUCUAUGCGAAUAUUCCUCCCCGAUCUUGUAGUCGAAGCCUCCGUCUUCUCUUUAUCUGCCAUUCCUUAGAUAAUUCUCAAGGUCAGACACGUAGUUAGAAUUGUACAGUGGAAAUUUCCUUCCAAAUAGUGUGAGAACUCCUCAAGCCUGCUACAGUUACAGUUGUAAUAAGUUGCAACAGUUCCAGGUUCCACUAGGGGGACACUGUAACAGUCCUAAAAGUUCUUGGAUACUUUAAUUUCCUUUUUAAGUCCCCUAGUUUGUUUAACAGGGAAUCAAUCUAUCACAGUUUUCAGCUUAAGACCAGGAGAUAUAUAUUCACAAGAUCUUAUCCAAACUUUUUAACCAAUGCAGGACUAGCUGUCAAAAUAUAUUACAAGACAGUACCUCUUUUUUUCCCUAGGAUCUGGAGAGUCCUUUCCCAGGAAAUUGAGUGAUGGUUUAAUCUCUUCUUUUCCACUCUUUAUAAAGAAAUCACCUCCAGAGAUCUCCCCCUAUUUUCCCUCAGUUUAUAGAAGGAAAAGUCCAGGUUCAGUGAUUGGAUUAAAGUCCUCUAAAAGCGUCCUUUCCAAAAGCUUCCGUUUUCAAGUUCAAUGCUUUAAGUCUAUCUACAAUAGAAGGAGGUUGACUUCCUUUUUAAACCUCCUCCGUUUUCAGCCUGAUUUCAGAUCUAAUUUGUACAGUUCCAAUUUGAGUAAAUCCUACUCACGGAUCGUUGCUUUCCAAGUCCGAAUUUCAAGAAAGAAAGGCAGCGCUCUCCGAUUGACAGCUUGCGGCUUCACUCCACGAACGAGCAGACAGCCCACAGCACCGCGCUCUCCCCCGCUCCGAUUUCAAGCCCGUUUCUGGGCUUUUUGCCGGGUUGGGGGAACACCAAAUGUGCCCGCUGGGUCCCAGGUUCACAGGCUUCCCCCGCCUGUGAUUUUUAGGGGUCCCCCGCUGCGCCGAAGCGGGAUUCGACCCUUUUUUCGUGGGGCUUAUUCCCUCUGACCGAGGGAAUCCGCCAUCAAUCGCUGGCGCCGCCUCCGGAAGUCCUAGAAUGAAAUGAUUUUAGAAUGUUGUAUCAUUUUACUGUUGUUAGCUGCUCUGAGCCCGGCUUCGGCUGGGGAGAGUGGGAUAUAAAUAAAUUAUUAUUAUUAUUAUUAUUAUUAUUAUUAUUAUUUAUCGUAUUGGCCCGAAUAUAAGCCACACCUUUAAAAUUCAAGGCGGGGAGGGGGGGAAGACAGUACCUGAAUAUAAGUUGCUCCCUUAAAAUUCCGCAGGCACUCACACCUGUUCCAUUUUACUGUAUGUUAUGUAUGUUUCAGCAGUGAUAUCGUAAAAGCCAAUUUUUGUAAGGUCGCGAAUUUAAACCUCACUUUUUUCACGGUCAGUAUUUGGGGGGGAAAGUGAGGCUUAUAUUCGGGCCAAUACGGUACUGAUAGCCACUCUUAUGGCUAUUAAUUGGGUGAAAAUCUUAACUCUUCGACGUUAGACGUAUGGCUAGCCGAGGAGCAGUGCAAAUGAUAAAAUUGACAGACCUAGUUAGGACAAGAGAAGGAGGACCAUCUAAUCAAUGUAUUGAAAAAUGAAGGCUCUUCAGUAUGUGUGGGAGCAAUGAAAUGCAAGGUGGUAACAACAGCAGCAGCAACAACAAUACUAAUAGACAGUACUAAGUUGAAUGGGCCAAGGCAAUUCAGAGUUUUUCUCCCCAAAACAAACCAUGAACAGCAAGUCAGGAACAACCCUUGGUUACAGCUCACGGUUUCUUUGGAAGUGCCCCAUUGAAUCUCAUAGGAUAUAGCCAUGGUUAGGGCUGCCAUCUUAGUUUAUCCUGUUUAUCCUUCACCUGUAUUCAGCAUCUUGAUACUGAUAUUAUUCUUUCUCUAUUUUAUUUUUACAAAAAACAGAAGUUAUCUUUCCAUCCUGGUCCCCAGACCUACCAACCCAGGUAAGAUUUUUCUUUUCUUUCAAGUCAUCCUCAUCGGCUCUAGAUAAAGGGUAAAGGCACCCCUGACCGUUAGGUCCAGUUGCGGACGACUCUGGGGUUACGGCGCUCCUCUCGCUUUAUUGGCCAAGGGAGCCGGCGUACAGCUUCCGGGUCAUGUGGCCAGAAUGACUAAGCCUCUUCUGGCGAACCAGAGCAGCGCACGGAAAUGCCCUUUACCUUCCUGCUGGAGCGGUACCUAUUUAUCUACUUGCACUUUGAUGUGCUUUUGAACUGCUAGGUUGGCAGGAGCAGGGACCGAGCAACGGGAGCUCACCCCGUCAUGGGGAUUCGAACCGCUGACCUUCUGAUCGAAAGCACACCAGUGCAAGUAGAUAAAUAGGUGCCACUGCGGCGGGAAGGUAAAUGGCGUUUCCGUGCGCUGCUCUGGUUUUGCCAGAAGCGGCUUAGUCAUGCUGGCUACAUGACCCGGAAAAACUGUCUGCGGACAAACGCCGGCUCCCUCAGCCAAUAAAGCGAGAUGAGCGCCGCAACCCCAGAGUCAUUCACAACUGGACUUAACUGUCAGGGGUCCUUUACCUUUUUUCAACUGGUAAGAACGCUCCUUUUGUUUGAUCUCCUUAUUUACUGCCACUGGGGGAGGGAUCUGAUUCCCAGAAGCUUGGUACUAUGCACAUAUCUCUACAGAGGGUGGUGAUAUCAUGGUUUGUCCCCUGAGCCCAUUAGAUGACAUCUCCUUAGGAUAGCGAGGAAAAUUCUCAGGGACGUUUCACACCCCUGCCAGCACCUCUUUAAUCUUCUACCCUCAGGCAGGAGAUCUAGAAGUAUAAGGUAAAGGUAAAGGGACCCCUGACCAUUAGGUCCAGUCGUGACCGACUCUGGGGUUGCGGCGCUCAUCUCGCUUUAUUGGCCAAGGGAGCCGGCGUACAGCUUCCGGGUCAUGUGGCCAGCAUGACUAAGCUGCUUCUGGCGAACCAGAGCAGCGCAUGGAAAUGCCGUUUACCUUCCCGCCAGAGCGGUACUUAUUUAUCUACUUGCACUUUGUGCUUUCGAACUGCUAGGUUGGCAGGAGCAGGGACCGAGCAACGGGAGCUCACCCCGUCACGGGGAUUCGAACCGCCGACAUUCUGAUCGGCAAGUCCUAGGCUCUGUGGUUUAACCCACAACGCCACCCGCGUCCCUAUAAUCAGUCAUACCAACAGGCUAAAAAACAGCUUCUAUCCGUGGGCUAUUAGGCUGCUGAAUGGAAAAUAAUAUAGUGCAACUGACUUUCGGGGUUGGUGUGUUGUGCGACAAGCACACAGAGUGCAAUGAGACUGAGUGUUUUGGGGGGAGGCUUGGUUAAUUUCAUUGUACACAGGUGGUACUUUGACAAUAAAGGUAUUAUUAUUAUAUGUUAUUGUCAGGUGGCAUCACAGAGCCACCACUUGCCUUCUGGAGUUCGACAGUCCCAGGGAGAGACUGACACACCCAUAUGCAGAGAUUAUAAGGGCAAGGAUCACGACAACCCAUGAUGCAUUGGGGCAGCUCCUCUUUCUUCUUUGGUGGCCUGGUUUCUGUUUCUUACCUCUCUUCUGCCUUCCUUUCAGGAAAGCUCUCCUUCACCGCAGAUCGCUUCUAAGGCCUCCUGUGCCAGUUUCAUCCCCGAGUUCACUCUUCCCCUACCGGAGCUGAGGUUUCUCAGCCUGGCCAACAACCAGGUGACUGGAUCCUUCCUUUUCCACUGUUAACGAGACACACUGAUCUUUUGCAACAAAUGGUAGAGGCGGGUAUGUCUAGGAAUCGCUAUGAUCUUAUAUCGCCCCGUUGGAGGACCUGGUUUCUAGUCCUCAACAUCAUAAUUUUAUUUAUACCCCACCCAUCUGGCUAGGUUUCCCCAGCCACUCUGGACGGCUCCCUACAGAACUGAAAACAGAAUAAAACUUGAAACAUAAAAAGCUUCCCUAAACAGGGCUGCCUUCAGGUGUCUUCUAAAAGUCAGAUAGUUGUUUAUUUCCUCGACAUCUGAGGGUUGGCGUUCCACAGGGUGGGUGCCACCACCGAGAAGGCCCUCUGCCUGGUUCCCUGUAGCUUGGCUUCUUGCAGCGAGGGAACUGCCAGAAGGCCCUUGGCACUGGACCUCAGCGUCUGGGCAGAAUGAUGGAGAUGGAGACGCUCCUUCAGGUAUACUGGGCCGAAGCUGUUUAGGGCUUUAAAUGUCAGCACCGACACUUUGAAUUGUGCUCGGAAACAUACUGGGAGCCAAUGUAGGUCUUUCAGGCCCUCAGAGCUGGACCUCAGUGUCUGGGCAGAACGAUGGGAAUGGAGACGCUCUUUCAGGUGUCUAGAGGACCUCAGGCUUCAAAGCCCCUCCCUGGCAGGUAUUUCUGGUGGCAGAGGAGUAUAGGGUGGGGCAGGAAACACCUUUGCAUGCCAAAAAGAUGCUCUGCCACACCUAGAAAAUAUUAUGACAACACUCAGACGCCACCACUAAGAACAAGUGGUGGCAGAGGUGGCAAAUCUCUGUGGCACUUCAGAGUUGCAAGUUGGUGCCCAUCAUUCUUCUUCAUAAAAAACACCCUCCCAAAACCAAUCUUCCAGAAAUCUAGACCCCUCAGGGAGGAGGCAAGGCUCUAAUCCUUCUCCCUGACAUGCAAAUUUUCUUUCUUUCUUUAUUUCUUUCUUCAAAAGAAAGACCCCCCCCAAAAAAAAUAUAUAUAUUACGAAGGCCUAUAUUCCUAUACAUGCACCACAACUUAAAAUAGUAUCUAACCAUCUGCAAAACAUAUUCUUAUGAAGUGACCCACAAGUUGCCUUUGUUUCUGGUCUUUGGUUUCCUGGAUAAUUAGUGAAGGAAAUGAAGCUCCAGCAAAGGCACCUCUCUGCUUUCUUCCACCUGCCAGUCUUAAUUUGUGAGGCAAUUUUUCCCUCAGGGCAAUACGCCACCCUCCCUUGUACCAAGCGUUCGAAGUCUCUCCCGAAUGUGGCUAUAACCCUAUGUGUUGCCGCUAAAUGAAAUCCAAUUAUUGGUUCAUCCACCAAGUCCUGAUUUCAGUCGUCGCUUAAACACAGGCUCUAUAGCGCAGGCUCUGGAGACUUCACGAUAUGCUGAUGAGUAAUUUUACUUAUGACGUUAAGCACUUGUUCCCCCCAAUUUGCCACUUUUGUGCAUGUCCACCACAGGUGUCUAUAGCUGCCUCUGUUCCCACAUGCUCACCAGCACAUCAGUGGAGUAUGUUUAUGCGCAUAUGGAUGUUUACCUGAGGUUAAAGACAAUGUCUGCAUUAUCUUCAGCAUUGUUUCUUUGAUGCUGGCUGCAUUUUCUAUGUCCAGGAAUUGAUGGAUGGAUGGAUGGAUGGAUGGAUGGAUAGAUUGUGUGAAUAUUUGGUCCUGUGAGCCCCUUUUUGAAGUGGGGUAGCCCCAAUGCAUCAGCCUCCUUCCUAAGCCUAAAUCUUAAUGCUGGUCCUUUUAAUGCUGGCUCCCUUUCACAGCCGUGACUCACGGUCGCCUACCAGCCUGAAAGCGCUGCUGUGUUCUGAUUUGCAGAUCGAACACGAGGAAGAUUUGUUAGCCGUGGCUCUUUUCCCAUCGCUGACCGAGCUGACGUUCCACGGCAACCCUUUCACCACAUCGCGCAGCGGUAAAACGAGAACAGCAGCAACCAUUUUCUAGUCCCUGUGGUUAGGUAAAGGUAAAGGGACCCCUGAACAUUAGGUCCAGUCGUGACCGACUCUGGGGUUGCAGCACUCAUCUUGCUUUAUUGGCCGAGGGAGCAGGCAUACAGCUUCCGGGUCAUGUGGCCAGCAUGACUAGGCCACUUCUGGCAAACCAGAGCAGCGCAUGGAAACGCCGUUUACCUUCCCACCAGAGCGGUACCUAUUUAUCUACUUGCACUUUUACGUGCUUUCGAACUGCUGGCUUGGCAGGAGCAGGGACCGAGCAACGGGAGCUCACCCCGUCACGGGGAUUCGAACCGCCGACCUUCUGAUUGGCAAGUCCAAGGCUCUGUGGUUUAACCCACAGCGCCACCUGCAUCCCUGUCCCUGUGGUUAUAGGCAUGAAAAUGCCUGCUGUGAAACCUUAGAAACCAGAAGGUGCCUAAAUUAGAUUUUCUGUGCUCUGAAGAUCUCACCUCUUCCUGUGACUAGGAGAGCCAGAAUAAAGAGGCAAAGUCAUAAGAAAAGAUUUACGUUGCCUCAAUCAACACAUUUUAUGUAGGUUGCAGAAUUCAUAGAGUUUGGAGCACUCAGGUGCAAAUUUUUAGCCCCAAGUCUGCACAGCACUGCUGCAGCUGUCUCCACUCUCUGUGCUGUUUUGUGGUUCCUCUUUGUCGCUAGUCGGAAUGCAUCAUGGAAAGUGAAGCUAAUCUAUGCAACAUAGACCACCCAGUUGCUUAAUGACGAUUCCCUCCCCCUUUCUUUUCUUCCCUUCCUUUCCAGGUGACCCACCUUUACUCACCAGUUUCCUUCAGAACAAGCUGGGGAUUAAAAUGGUUCGGAAGAAAAUUUCGAAACUGGAAAAGCCACGUAUCUUUAUACCCAACAAGCCUAGCCGGAAGGUAGGAGCCCUUUAGGAAGGCGUUAAGGAAGUCCGUUUCAGAAUGGGAAGCUUUUAAACAGAGGUUGGGAGCAUAGGAAUUCUUUGUGAUUCCUGCAUUGCAGGGGGUUGGACUAGAUGACCGGUGGGUUCCCUUCCAGCUCUACGAUUCUGUUGUUGUUUAUUGAGGAGAAUGGGGGCAAGAGGAAGAUGAUGUGUCCAGAGGAGGGCAACCAAAAUGGUCAAAGGCCUGGAAACGAUGCCUUAUGAGGAACGGCUAAGGGAGCUGGGCAUGUUUAGCCUGGAGAAGAGGAGGUUAAGGGGUGAUAUGAUAGCCAUGUUCAAAGAUAUAAAAGGAUGUCACAUAGAGGAGGGAGAAAGGUUGUUUUCUGCUGCUCCAGAGAAGCGGACACGGAGCAAUGGAUCCAAAUUACAAGAAAGAAGAUUCCACCAAAACAUUAGGAAGAACUUCCUGACAGUAAGAGCUGUUCGACAGUGGAAUUUGCUGCCAAGGAGUGUGGUGGAGUCUCCUUCUUUGGAGGUCUUUAAGCAGAGGCUUGACAACCAUAUGUCAGGAGUGCUCUGAUGGUGUUUCCUGCUUGGCAGGGGGUUGGACUUGAUGGCCCUUGUGGUCUCUUCCAACUCUAUGGUUCUAUGAUUCUAUGAUUCUAUGUUUCCACUGUUGCUUGUCAAGGGCCAAGGAACUUGCAGCUGAGAGAGACUCAUAACCUAAAGAUUUGGCUGGCACAGGGAGUUCAGUUUAAUAUGUGAAUUUUAGCUUCUGCCCACCUACUGCUACUCCCCUACAGACCCUCCCAGGUGUUAAGAUCAGCAGAGGGGACCCUCUUAGUAGUUUCUCCACUCUCAGGCGCAAGCUGGUGGGGGUGGCCUGGGAGAAUGCAAUCUGUGUCACAGACACUCAGCCAUGGAAUUCCCUCCCCACAAAGGUGCGCUUGGCAACUUCCUUGCAUACCGUAGUUUCCAUCAUAAGCUGAAGACACGCCUCCUUUCCCUGGCCCCUGACACCUGAAAUGUGCAUUUUCAGGACCCGACCAAUUGCUGUGGCGGUCAUUUGUUUUAAACUCGUUUUCAUAUUAAAUUGCUAUGACCUGCCCUUGGGCCUUAGGAUGAAUUAUUUCAUUAUUAUUUAUUAAAUUUGUACGCCACCCAUCACCCGAAGGUAUCAGGGCGGUUCACAGCAUAAAAAUACGAGAUAAAAACACUAAAUACAUAAUGAAAGCCAGAAGAAAAACAUACCAGUAACCCCCAAUCCCCAACAACAACAACAACAACAACAACAACCAGUUGUUGUUAUUUGGCAACCCAGAUCCAAGAUCUCAUUCCUUCCCUUCCAAAGUCCUACCUCCUCCUGUUCUGCCAGCAGCAGAUGCAUCCCCUUCUAGGCUCAGAAUAAGGAACUUCUGGACCUUUCAGAUUUUGAACUCCCAUCCUCCCUGACCCUUGGCCACUUUGGAUGAGGCUGAUGGGAGAAGGAGCCUGACCACAUCUGGAGGGCCUAUGUGUUCCUCCAUCCAUCUCUUAAGCCCUGAGUUUCCCUGGCCAGCUUCUCAUUUUCUCAGCUCUGUUCAUUCCCCAAAUCUUCCUAAACAUACUCCUCUGCAAUGGGAAAAUGGGUGCUGUUUUCUCCCACUGCUUAGUUUCUGAAAAGUGCAACGGUGAUUGGGUGCAUAGCUGUCAACCGUCCCUUAUUUGGCGGGAAACUCCCUUAUACUAGCGCCAUUUCCCGCUGCUGUCCGGGGUUGAUGAUGUCCCUUAAAUUUCCCGGGUUUCAUGCUCACCCAGCUCGGGAGGGAAGCAGUGGCUCAGGGUCCUCCGCCUCGAGAGAGCAAGAGAGAGAGAGUGCGCACGAGCUGCCGCGUCUCUGUCUCUCCCUUUUUCCCCUCAGGGGCGCGUCGUGAGGAGAAGGGUGGCGGCGGGCGGGCAGGCAGCGCCUCUCUUGUGAGACUUCCGCUGCGCUGCCAUGGGAAGCUGGAGGCGGUGGUGGCUGAGGAAGCGGCCUGAGGGAGGAGGAAGAGAAGGGGAUGGGGAGGGAUGGAGAAGGGCGGUGCUUCAGCGGCUGUGGCUGCGCCGCAACCGCCUCAUGCCAGGCUCGUGGGUGAGAGUCUCUCUCCCUCCCUCCCUCUCUCUCGGGCGGGGAAGGGCCGAUGGAACUCCUCGCGCCAGGACGACAGCAGCCCCGACGUGCAUAAGCUAAGCAAAAUCCCUUAUUUUGGCUGCUGAUCCCUUAUUUUUGAGGCUGUUGGUCCCUUAUUUUCAAAUCUGUAAGUUGACAGCUAUGAUUGGGUGGGGUGCAGGAAGAACGACACUUGUGGUUAUUUAUUUCAUGAAGUUUUUGCACCAUUUGAUUGCAAAACAACGACAAGAAGGCCUUACAAAUGUGGAAUGGGCACCAUGGGGCAGCUGAAAUAGUGCCAGCUCUGCUGAUUAAUGGUUAGGGUUUUAAGAGCUGUAGGUUGUGGCCAGGGAUGGGUGCUGGGUUUGGAAAGACAGGAGACUGUUCCGCUGUGGUCCUCCCAGGUCUAGAAUGCAUCACACCGUGGCCUUCUGUGUCUUUUGCAGGUGAAAGCACAGCUGCCCAAGGUCCAAAAGCGGCCUCAGAUGCUAGAAGACCACCUGGAGACCACCUUCUGGCAGCUGUGGACAGGUGCAGAUCUGGAUCCCAAUAAAAGAGUGAGUCUGGACGAGCCUCUUCCACCCAUCAAGAGAUUUUCACUACCGUAUAAACCAGAGAAGCCCGUCUUGCCUCUUAAGGAGGAGGAAAUAUCUGCACCCUCUUCUCUGGAGUGUUGUGUUUGUGAUGCUUCAGCAGACCAGCUCUCAGCAGACCAGCUGGAAGACGUUCCUGAAGGCCAGUCUUCGCUAGCUGACUUAGUGUUUGGAAAUGUUGCGUCCACUCAACCUCCUGUGGAGCAGCUCCCACCUGAACCUCCUGUGGUGCAGCUCCCACCUGAACCUCCUGUGGAGCAGCUCCCACCUGAAGAGAAUCUGCCUGAACCCAGCCCUCUGAUCACAGCUCCUUCAAAGGGACAAGACUUGCCCAGGAGGCCUCAAUUCAUCUCAUUGUCUUUGCCGGGGCAGGACCACGGUGCUCCUGUCCCUCCUCCCAACUCACCUUUGUCUUUGCAAGAGCAGGGUCUCUCCGAAGGUCCUCCAGCAGAACCAGAUCAGCUGAGGCCGUUCCCCCCCCGCAGCUCGCUUUUGCCAGGACGAAGUAGAUCAGAACCUCUUCCACCAGCUCAUUCUCCCGCAGGGGAGCAGGACUUGUCCGGGUCUCCAGCCAGAUCCCUGUCGGUGGGACAGGGCUUUCCUGAUGCCUCUCCACCAGCUGGACCGCCGGCAGUGGAGGGUGAUCACCCGGAACCCAUCCCACCAGCCAGCUCAGCUCCCCAAGGACCGGAUUUGCCAGAACUUGUCCCAGCUACUAGAUUAACCUCCGCAGGUCCACCGGGGAUUCUCCUGCCAACCACUUCUCCUGCAGAAGGUCAAGAUCAGGUGGAGCCAACUCUGCCACACAGUUCAGCUUCCGAAAGUUUGCCUGGACCUGCUCCACCACACUUGUCUGGGACUCUCCUGCCAACCACUUCUUCUCCAGAAGGGCAAGAUCAGGUGGAGCCCUCUCAGGACCUGACAGAACCCAUCUCUCCAUCGAUGCCCCGCUUGGAGGAACCAGCUCCCUCUGAGCCCGUUCCACCACCUGGAUCCCCUCCAGCAGAACAAGAUCACCUGGAACCUGCUCCACUGCCCAGCUCACCUGCACAAGAGCAGAUUCCGCCAGAGCCCGUUCCACCACCUGGAUCCCCUCCAGGGGAGCAGGACUUGGCCCAGCCAAGCCCUCCUUCAGCUGAACGGAAUCUUUCUUGGACUUCGCAGCCAACCGGAUCCCCUCCAAGAGGGCAGGAUCAUCUGGAACCCGUUCCACCGGCCACCUCACCGGUCCAAGAACCCGACCGAUCAGGUUCCGAGCCCCAAGAUGGAUCAGAGGAAGAGGAGUUUUCAGAAUCUCGACCAGCCAGCUUAACUUCUGUGGAAUGUGGCCUGUCUGGGUCGUCUUCCAGGGAGCUUUACAUGCUCUUUGCCAAAGUCCACUCAAGCACGAAGCCUAUUUUUGAAACAUAUGAUAGUCUUUCUAGUGAGGGCGAGGUGUUUAGCGGCAGCGGGGAGUUCGUGGAGGCAGAGGAAACAGAAUCCAUUUUCAUGACGCAGGUAUGUCAGCUGGCAGUACGCCAUGGUAUUUAAGCAAGAAAUGUUUACCAAUGAAGCCAUUCUAGAAUCCCAACCUGUAGUUUACACUAGACAAUGUAUCGUCCCAAAACCGGUUUGAAGUCCAUAUUGCAGGCAUCUCCAAACUCGGCCCUCCAGAUGUUUUGGGACUACAUAUACAUAUCAAAUAGUCCAAAUAGGUACCCCUGCCCGUACGGGCCAGUCGUGUCCAACUCUAGGGUUGUGCGCCCAUCUCACUUAAGAGGCCGGGGGCCAGCGCUGUCCGGAGACACUUCCAGGUCACGUGGCCAGCAUGACGAAGCUGCUCUGGCGAGCCAGCACCAACGCAGCACACGGAAACGCCGUUUACCUUCCCGCUAUAAAGCGGUACCUAUUUAUCUACUUGCACUUAGGGGUGCUUUCGAACUGCUAGGUGGGCAGGAGCUGGGACCGAAAGACGGGAGCUCACCCCGCCGUGGGGAUUCGAACCGCCGACCAUACGAUCGGCAAGCCCUAGGCGCUGAGGUUUUACCCACAGCGCCACCCGCGUCCCUCUAGUCCAAAUAUUCUGCCUAAAUUAUUUAAAAAAAUUGUUGGGACUUCCCAUGCUUCACGUUUGGGGGGGGGGAGGCUCUGAUCAUCUCCUAUCUCUGCUGCCUUGAAUAUUCUUUCCAAUAGUUCCUUUAAAUCUUCCUGUUGUUAACCUUCCUUCUUUCAUGGCCUCUGAGUUGUUUCCACAAGCGAGUUGAAAUAAGCAAUGAUAUGUUUCUGUGUGGGUUUUGUGUAUGACUCUCACAUACCUCCAUUUCUGUCUUGGGUCUGAAGGUGGACGAGGAGUCUGGUCCCUUGCCGAAGACUGAAAGGGCGGCAUCCCCACGUAAGAUGUCAGGCAAAGGAAAAAGGCAAGCCCAGCCAGUCCCCGAAAAAUACAAGGGUUAUGAAGAGCUGCUCGGCGGAGACCCUGGCGCGGAUUUCGUUGACCCAGUGGGUGAGUUGACCUGGGACUGCUGGAAAUGUCAAGUGCACGCUUUGACCUUCCUUGUUCCAGUUGACAAAAGGAUCUUGGCUGGGGCCCAUGGUUGAACGUUCCUCUCCCAUCACACAGAGAGCUACCAUCUAACUUUUGCAAAGGUCCAUCUGUCUCUGCAUUGUCUACACUGCAUGGGCCCUCAAGAUUCACCUAGUGUAUGUACUCACGUUUUUGAAAAUGCACAUCUAUUUCUUGAAGUCACUCUGUACUCUCUGCAUUGAUCUGUGUUUCGGGUGCUGAGUUGCUGUGUGUAAAAUGAAGCUCUGUGGUCCCCAUUCACUAGAAUGGUAAAUCUAAAAACAACUACAGUGGUACCUCGGUUUUCGGACGUCUCCGUUGACGAACAUUUCGGUUUUCGAACGCCGUAAACCUGCAAGUAAACACUUCGGUUUUCAAACAUGCCUCGGAAGUCGAACAUCGAAUUUUUCGUAUUGUGUUUUCUGUUUUCGAACAUUUCAGAACUCAAAUGGUCUUCCGGACCAUUUGAAAACCGAUCUACCACUGUAUAACUUUCCCCCUUUUUGGAUAAAGUGGAUUAAAUUUGCAGGCCACUUCAGAGUAGAUUAAGCCUCCCCAAUUGCAGAGGAGAAAAGGUUCAGGGCUUUCUGUUGCGGGAGUAAAAGGGAUUCAUUUCUCUUCAUAAUCUUGUAUGGGGAGGGGGGAGCAGGGGGUCAGUUGUCUUUUGCUCUUUCCCACCUUAACAUAAUUCAGAAAUAGUUGAGUGGUAUAUCUUAUUGCUUGUUGCUUAUUUUAAAGAGCUUUGUGGUGUCGUGGUGGAAUUUAUUUUCUAGUUGGAUUCCUGAGAGAUCUUCUAAACAGGGUUUACGUUAACAUGGUUCCCACCCGCAAUUUCCCCUCUGCUCCCAUUUUUAUUUCAACCAGGAAUACAGCACAAUGUCCAAGCUCUGGAGAAGGCGCUCCGAUAUCCCCGUGUGUACCGCGAGUCAAAGGCCAGGCUGGACAGCUACCAGAAGCCUUAUGUGCCUGCAGAGAAAAAGGUACUGUAUUUUUCGCUCCAUAAGACGCACCAGACCAUAAGACGCACCUACUUUUUAGAGGAGGAAAGGGGAAAACCCCCGUUUUUUUUGAGGAUCAGCUCAAAGUUGUGCAGCUUACUUUGCAAAGGGAAAAAAAAUCUUGUUUUUAUGGGGUUCAACUCACAGUUCUGCAGGUUCUUUAGGAAAGGAAAGGGUGCCGUUUCUACUGUUUCCAGACAGAUAAUCUAAUCAGCCAGUCUCAUGUCGCUGGGGAAACAAGCAGCCUCCGUACGCAGAACAUUCAAGAAUGGAGGCCUGGGCAAGGGCCGGGGCAGGAAAGGGAGCCAGUGAUCAACCACACAUCACUCCGUAAGACGCACAUACAUUCCCCCUUACUUUUUAGGAGGAAAAAGGUGCGUCUUAUAGAGCGAAAAAUACGGUAAAUGGUAUCUAGGGAAGUAAAACUCUUGCCUCUAGACCUGGGAGGUUGGAGCUCAAACUUCUGCUCAGGGGAGGGGUGUUUGGCAAACGGUUCCCUCUGUGCCUCAGUCCCCUAUCUGUAAAAUGGGAAGAUAAAAAGGGGGGGCGUGUUGUCAAAUGAACAAGCACAUCAAGAAAGCGCUUUGUGAAAUACUUUGCAAAAUAUCAAUGCUAAAUUGUACUGGGGUCACCCUCUAGAUGAGUGACUUCCAAACUUUUCAGAGCCACCCCCCCUUUAGGUUCCGUAAACUCACUGCCCGUCUCCAUUACUGUACCCUAUAAAAAGCAAUAUGCAGAAUAGCACUAAGGAAGACGACAACAGAGGCAGAUUUAGCGGGACACAACCGGUUCGGUCACACUAGGUGCAGAACCUCAGGGACACCACAACUAUGAUGUAGAAUGGAAGGCGGGGGGAGGCACAGAUUUUUGCGCUGCUCUGGUUUCUCCAGAAGCGGCUUAGUCCUGCUGGCCACAUGACCCGGAAAACUGUCUGCGGACAAACGCCGGCUCCCUUGGCCUGAAGGUGAGAUGAGCGCCGCAACCCCAGAGUCGUUCGUGACUGGACUUAACUGUCCAGGGGUCCUUUACCUUUAUUUAUACCUCGGUAGGCAAUCCCCAGCAAAAGGUUGCAGCGUGGAGCGUGAAGGGCUGGCAGACAGACACAACACCCUCCAGGAUGCUCAUUUGCAUUCCUCCCUCCUCUCCUGUCCCCCCUCCCCGAAAAAAAAGCAGACACUGGGCAUUCCGUGGCCCCUGAGCAUGCUCAGUCCUCAUGCAGCUGCCUCAUUGUUUUUUAGCACUCCCCCCCCCCCUGCACCAUUUUGGCUAUACAGUGGUAGCUCGGGUUAAGUACUUAAUUCAUUCCGGAGGUCCGUUCUUAACCUGAAACUGUUCUUAACCUGAAGCACCACUUUAGCUAAUGGGGCCUCCUGCUGCUUCCGCGCUGCCAGAACACGAUUUCUGUUCUCAUCCUGAAGCAAAGUUCUUAACCCGAGGUACUAUUUCUGGGUUAGCGGAGUCUGUAGCCUGAAGCGUCUGUAACCUGAAGCGUCUGUAACCUGAAGCGUCUGUAAACUGAGAUACCACUGUAUAAGGAUCGGCCCGCACUCCUGAGCAUCACCAAUAGAGGGAACGGUAAGUAAAGAUGCGGGGAUUGUGCGUGGCCUUCUCAUUUUGAUCCGCUUUCUGUGCAGGCCUUGAGUGUCCGUCCGCCACCACCUGAAAAGACCCGGCUGCAGAAGCUGGAGGAAAUCCUCCUGAAGAUGCGCAACCCCACAAAUAUCAUACAGAUGCCGCUAGGUAUUUAUUUAUUUCAUAAAAUUAACGCACCACUUGCUUGCAGAAAGAAAGGAGAAACCUCUGAGCAGAUUACAAACAAGGUAAUGCAACGAACGUAUCAGUGAGAAAAAUUAAGAAAAAUGAGCAACACUUAGUUCUGUUGGUGGGGGACGUGGGUGACGCUGUGGUCUAAACCACUGAACCUCUUGGACUUGCCGAUCGAAAGGUCAGUGGUUCGAAUCCCUGCAACGGAGUGAGCUCCCGUUGCUCUCUCCCAGCUCCUGCCAACCUAGCAGUUCGAAAGCACGUAAAAUGUGCAAGUAGAUAAAUAGGUACUGCUCCGGUGGAAAGGUAAACAGCAUUUCCGUGUGCUGCUCUGGUUUCACCAGAAGCGGCUUAGUCAUGCUGGCCACAUGACCCGGAAAAAACUGCGGACAAACACUGGCUCCCUCGGCCAGUAAAGCUAGAUGAGCGUCGCAACCCCAGAGUCAUUCGUGACUGGACUUAACUGUCAGUGGUCCUUUACCUUUACCUUUUUUAGCUCUGUUGGUUAGAAGGUGGUGCUGAGAAUGCCAGGGUUGCAGGUUCGAUCCCCGUUUGGGGUAGCUGCCCUUUCCUGCUUUGCAGGGAGGUUGGACUGAAUGACCCUCAGGGUCCCUUCCAACUUCACGAUUCUAUGAAACCUUCUGAAAAGUUAAAACAAAAAUAGACUAAGAGAUUAAGACUCACUCACACAGCAGUGCUAGCCUGUUUUCCAUCUAACCUCCCUUGCUCCUCUCUCGCAGCUGGCAGAAGAAGAAUACAGUGGUACCUCGGGUUAAGUACUUAAUUCAUUCCGGAGGUCCGUUCUUAACCUGAAACCGUUCUUAACCUGAAGCACCACUUCAGUUAAUGGGGCCUCCUGCUGCCGCUGCGCUACCAGAGCACAAUUUCUGUUCUCAUCCUGAAGCAAAGUUCUUAACCCGAGGUACUAUUUCUGGGUUAGCGGAGUCUGUAACUUGAAGCGUCUGUAACCUGAAGCGUCUGUAACACAAGGUACCACUGUACAUUAUGCAAAUGCAAUGAAAAAUAGGCCUGCCUGACUGCAGUUUGGUUCUGUUAAUAAGAACACAAGAGCCUGCUGCACUGGGCCAAUGGCCCAUCUAACGGAAAAUCCUGUUCUAACAGUGGCCAACCAGAUGCCUGUGGGAAACUGGCAAGCAGGAUCCGAGCACAAGGGCCCUCUCCCCUGCUGUGGUUUCCAGCAACUGGGAUUCAGAAACAUUGGAAGCAGAACAGAGCCAUUGUGGUUCGUAGCCCCCGAUAGCCCUCCAUGCAUUUGUCUAAUCGUCCUCCAAAGCCAUCUCAGUGCAUAGCUGCCAACGUUUCCCUUAUUCUGAAUAGGAUUCCUCACAAGAAAAGAGAAAAGUUGACAGCUAUGUCCCAGUUGGUGGCCAUCACUACCUCCUGUGGGAGUUCCAUAGUUUAGCCGUGUACGGCAUGAAGAGGCUCUUUCUUUCCCGCAUUCUUUGCAGUGUGCAUCCUGCGGAGGAAGAAGGACAACUGGCGUGAGUACCGGCAGGCCCUGGCGAUGCUGAAGGAGUUCCGGAAGGAGUAUAAAGCGGCCGUGGCCAGCUGCAACAAGCAGGUCGAGUCCAAAGCCAUUAGUAAGAAGGGUACCAGUGCAGAGGAGACGAGUCAAAACUUGAUGCUCGAGGGUCUCCCUGAGGCUGAGUUGGGUGGGCAGUCACUCGAAGAAUCCUCGGUCCCUACGGAGGAGAAAGGACUUUCUCCAUCCAAUCCGAAGAAAGCUCAGUUUAAACCGGACUGCUGAGGAACCGCCUCUUUUUACAAGACAUAGAGCUAUUUGCUGUAUUUUCCAAAGAGUCCCAUGUCCUAGGAGACCAUAGUGGUGUAACUAGCAACCAUAGGAACGGAGGUUACCUACUUCCAAACCCUCUGCGAAGGUUUGACCCGCUCAGGGUUACAGGCUAAGAGUAGUUCAGGCUCCACUUCAGUGCAGACGUUCAGAAGCGCAACAGAAAACCAACGGGAACCGCUAGGCGCACUCCGAAAGGCUGUUUCAGGAUGCAGUUCCCAUCUAAAUCAUGAGACUUGAACCCGGGCAGCCGCCGCAAAAGCAGUGAAAUAAAUGUGUCAUGGUGGGCCUCCGGUUUUAUCAAAUGACUACGGCCUAAGUCCCCCCUUUUACAAUUGUUCAGAUGGAAGAACCUUGGUAGAAUCUGUUGGGAGAGGGAAAGAAGUCAUGCCAAGACAGCUUUCCAUAGCAGCAGUGACUGGCACAGAAAGGCUUCGUCACACUUCCAGUGCCUUAUUGUAAGACCCCAAUUGCCCAUGUAGUUUGCUAGGCAUUUCCCCACUUCCCUUCUGCUUGCCCCAAACCAGGGGAGUCGGUAAAAGGGCAUGUUGUCCCUUGCACACUUCUUUUGCUUUGCAGGUUUAAAUUGCCCCCGGCACCUCACGACCGCUUGCCCUGACUCUUUCCUUUCCCCUUAGGCUGUGGCUCUAGGGGGGGGGAAAGGAAUUAAAUAUUUAAUCCUUAAGGUAAUUGUGCAGUUAAUAUUCUGCUUUAUGUACCCGAUAAUCCUUCACAAUCCACUUUCUGAGCUCUAAGAGAAUUGGCAUUUGCAGAUGUGGUCUUUUCAGAUGAGUUAGCUAAACCACCCAGGAGCAAUUCAUGGGCCAAACCUCGCUGUUUCUUUUACCAAGGCAGAAUUCCCUCUUAAGACCACCCAAGGUUAAAAGGGCAACCAUUUAAAAUUAGUACAGUACUGCAGGGAGGGAGAGGCAAGAGCAAUGGCCACCCAGCGGCAGUCUAUCAUGUACACAUAGGACCCCACCUAGUCCCAUUCUUCCUCAUAGUCCAGACUUCCGAGUCCUAUGGCUUUUUCCCCAUGAGCUCAGGCAGAAUGGCUUGGCUUCCUCACCGUCAUGUUUUCUCUAGAUUCAAGCACUUCUCUUUUGCCCAUGCAUCGGAAUGCCUGCAACUCAUUCCCUGGGCAUGAACAUGGAGCAUGAAGGCACAUGUCCAGAGAUCAGCUCGGCCUGUUUCCUCUGUGAGCCCCCUCUCUGGAGCACAAAGCACAUUUUACCCUCUCAGAUCAAAAUCUAUUUUUGUUGCAGAGAACUCUCUAAAAUUCCUUGAAACCCAAGCCAGUCUUGGGGCUGCAUUCUACCUUGUUGAUACAGUGGGACUACUAGACAGAGGUAGGGAAACAAGUUUUGCAUACGUAGGCUACUGAAUGUGCGUCUGAGUAGGCCUCGGAAAAUUCUAAGAAACUUGUAAGUAGAUGGAAGAAAUAAAAGCAUCUCUAAAGAAGAGUUAAAAUAACCACUGCUGGAUCAGCAUGGAAGAUGGGCUAAGUCCCCUCCCCCUUCCAAUUCAUCUGACUGCUAGUUAAGUAUUGAUCCUUGUUCAGGGUGGCAACGUAGGUAAAGCUACGCUAAAGGGGGUUGUGGCUGAAUAACUACAAAAAUGAUCCACUCUCCAGAGUCAUUUCCUGGUCAACUCAACUAUCUUAUUUUAGGUGGAGGGGCUUGUCAAAGAGGGAGAUUUAGGAAAGCAUGCAAUUUCAUUGUGUUAGAAUCAGUAGCUGGGUUGGGUUAAAGGACAUCCACUUUUCUUUUUUACUGUUGCAAACCCCCUUCCCCCACCCCCAAAAACCCAUUUCUAAGGACUUAGUGAGGGAGACUUGUGUACCUUUACCCAUAAAGACAGACACACACAUUCGUUUCUCAGUAAACAGAUUUGUUUU